AUGACCGAUUCUGCAAUUGGCAACGUUUACGAUCCUCGUGCCCUCCCCGACUACGACCGCGAAUUCAUCCACCCGGAUGAUCUGCGACGGUUCGAAAACGCCCUCAAUGACCAGGACGUGCUCCCCCUCGUCGCCCUCAACGACUGGCGCCCCGUCUACCAGCGCGUCCGCAAGACCCGCGGCCGCCGAAAGGAGCCGCGGCGAACAAAGGAUGAGACCAGAGAAGGCGUGCUGUACACCGUUCUGAAGUGGCCCUUUCUGGCCUUUGUGCUGGGCUGGAUCAGCUUCCUGGGUGUAGCGUAUAUCCUGACCCGCUUCUACAUCUUUAUCUACGAGCAGUGGGUGUCCUGGCGCGGGAAGCGGCAGUCCCUGCGGAAACAGCUCUAUGUGCAGACUAAUUAUCGCGACUGGCUCAAGGCCGCGGAGGCACUCGAUGCCCAUCUGGGAAACCAUGCGUGGAAGGAGAUCGACGAAAACGCAUACUAUGACCAUAUCACCAUAAAUAAGCUGGUUUCGCAGCUGCGGAAGCUGAGGCAAGAUGCGGAGUGGGAGAUGCACCACGAACAGGUCAACGCGGCAGAGUCGCCGGCGGUCGAGGAGCUGUGCACUAUUCUCGAAGCGUGUGUCAAGAACAAUUUUGCCGGUGUAGAGAACCCCCGUCUUUACAGCGAAACAUACUCGGGGACCAAAGUUUUGGUACAGGAAUACGUUGACGAGGUGAAGGCCUGCUUGGAGUUGGUUGCCGAAUCUAAGCAGAUCAGCGACGAAGACAAAUAUCAUCAUUUCAAGCACCUGGAUACAAAUUUUGGACGCACCGCGCUUUGUCUAUCGGGUGGCGCCACUUUUGCCUACUACCAUUUUGGAGUCGUCCGGGCUUUGCUGGAUAACAACGUUUUGCCCGAGAUCAUAACCGGCACAUCGGGGGGAGCACUGGUAGCUGCGCUGGUUGCUACGCGAACGGACGAAGAACUGAAGCAGCUACUCGUGCCCGCCCUGGCACACCGCAUUCGAGCGUGCCAUGAAGGGUUCACGACGUGGGUUCGGCGGUGGUGGCGCACAGGAGCGCGAUUCGACACCCUCGAGUGGGCACGACAAUGCAGCUGGUUUUGCAGGGGAUCCACCACUUUUCGGGAGGCAUACGAGCGAACAGGUCGAAUCCUGAACGUGUCAUGCGUGCCCUCCGAUCCUCAUUCACCCACGAUCCUGGCGAACUACUUGACAUCCCCGAACUGUGUCAUCUGGAGUGCUGUGCUCGCCUCUGCCGCCGUCCCCGGUAUCUUGAACCCCGUGGUCCUGAUGACCAAGAAGCGCGAUGGCACACUGGCACCGUACUCGUUUGGUCACAAGUGGAAGGACGGCAGCUUACGGACUGACAUUCCCAUCAAGGCGCUGAAUCUCCACUUCAACGUCAACUUCACGAUCGUCUCACAGGUAAAUCCGCACAUCAACCUCUUCUUCUUCAGCUCCCGAGGCGCCGUCGGGCGACCCGUCACCCAUAGAAAAGGGCGAGGCUGGCGCGGCGGCUUCCUGGGAUCAGCCAUAGAGCAGUACAUCAAAUUAGACAUGAAUAAAUGGCUGCGCGUGCUCCGCCACUUGGAACUCCUUCCCCGUCCGAUGGGCCAAGACUGGAGCGAGAUCUGGCUGCAGAAGUUCAGCGGCACCGUCACCAUCUGGCCAAAGACCGUCCCGUCCGACUUCUACUACAUCCUUUCUGAUCCGACCCCGGAGCGCCUGGCCCGAAUGAUCCAUAUGGGCCAGCAGAGCGCGUUCCCCAAGAUCCAGUUUAUCAAGAACCGCCUCAAGAUCGAGUACGCGAUCAUCAAGGGCCUGCAGCAGACCGCUCCGCGCGGCGGCGGCCGUGCCACGUCCCCAACGCAGCUCCGUCUCCGCAACGGUCAUGGCAACGGGCCCGUCAACCCGAUAGACGAACGUCUGGAUCAGAAUCUUCCCGAACGGACGGGGGAGUAUUCCAAGGAGGCCGAUGCCAACUCUGCGGAAAUGUCCGAUAGUUCUGGCGUUGACUCCGCCACGGCGUCGGCCCUGCGUGAGGCUCGCCACCCACGCCGGAAUAGCAUGUUGGUUGAGAUGCAGCGACAGUCGGCGGUUUUCUUCGAUGAUGUCGAUAGUGACACGUGGAAGGGGCAGUGA